UAUGAAUUAUAAUCUCAAAACUUUCGAUACCAUUAAAUGGUUAAGAAAUCGUUACAAAUCAAGAGUUAAAGAUCAAUACAUUCUUUAUGAUUCAGAACUUAAAGAGUAAAUCAUGAUGAAAGCUGUAUUCAAAUCUAUUGAUAGAGACAAAUCAAGUAUUUUAUAUAGAUAAAACUUAUAGAAUUUCUUGAUAGAUCUGAAUUAUAUGAUAUGUUCAUUAAAUAUGGAAUAAACAUUACAAAAUCAAAACUCAAAGAAUUCUUUAAAAGCAUAGAUGAAGAUGAAGAUGGUAUCAAUUAUUACAAAAUUAUAGAUAAGUUGAAUUGGACAGAUUUUAAAUAAGCCCUUCAAAAUUAAGAAGCUUUAGCCAGUAUCAUUUUUAACAAAUAUCUAGUGUUUGUUUAAUUAAUGAAGAAGAUAAGGGAAGAUUAUGAAAUUAAUCAAAUUAACCCUGAAAAACAAUUAACUUUUGUUCCUUUAAGUUUUCCAUAAAUGAUACAAUAUAUGAAUUAUUGCGUCUUAAGAGAAGAAAUUAUUGAUAAGAUAGAAUCUAAUAAUAUCAAUAAUUAUUAAAAACAUAAAUAAUGCGUUAAUCUUCUUACUUUAGAAGAUAGUUGCUAUAGAAAUAUUAAAUAAGAUUAAAAUGAAGAUGAAAAUGAAGAAGAUGAAGUUAAGAAUAUUCAAAAAACUGAUUAUUCAUAAAUUAUAUAGAUGAAAAGAUUCCAAGAAAAAGAACUCAAAUUUAAAAGAUUAGUAAAUAUUAUACCUAUUUUCAGGAAAAAGUAAAAGAUAUAAGUAAAAAAAGGUUUUAUACCAAUCAAACACAAGAUUUCGGUGUAAAUGACAGUGUAAGAUUGUAAAUAUUUAUGUUUUUAUAUUAUAUUUAGAUCAGAUUUAACUUAAUUAAAAACUGAUCUCACAUAGGAGAUUAGUAAAACAAGAGAAAAUAUUGAUAAAUUUUUAGCAAUCCUCAAUAAUGAAAAAAUUAAAUAAGAAAAAACUAGCCAAUCAUCUCGAGUCUCCUCAAGACAAAAAUCAAGAGAAAGAUAAACAGCUGUUUUAAAAAGGAAUAGUAUAUUAAUUGAAGCAGAAUAAGAAUUAAAAAAUACCUCAGGAGAGUAAAACAAAUUUAAACCAUUAAAUUUUGGAUCUUCUAAGAAAAACAAGGUAAAUAUUAAUCAUUAAUUCUAUUUAGUACUCAAGAUAAAGAAUAUAAUCAUUAGGAAUAAAAUAAAAAUGA